UAUCGGGUGGAGUGUGCUUGGCUGGGAGACUUUAAGUCUCGAAGCCAGAUGUCGGAGAAACGACUGGAUUCGGGGCCUCGGCGCCUGUUGAUGAGUUGGAGGUUCCUAAGGGGUACUGCUCAGCUGGUGGCCUUAAAAACCCUAAAGUUGCCCAGACGUCGUGGUAGAUCUAGAGUCCUGGGGCUGAAAGGCCCGCGGUUCUGCGCUGACCCUUGUCUGAGAGCCGCUACCUCGCGCAUCGGGGCUCCCGAGGCGCCGGGCUGGUCCCGAUGUGGCGAAUGGGCUGGGGCUUAGGUGAUCCCUGUCAGGGCUGCCUACGCCCACGAGAGCGAGGGCCUGGCGGGUGUGGGCACCAGCAGUCCGGGAGACCGUUCGAGAGCCGUGCCUGUUGUUUGUGUUAUGGGAGAUCCAGUCCUCCCCUGGAUUUCGGGCCUCUGCCGUUUCUCGCGUUUGGGGGUUUUCCAGAAUCAAAUAUUUGCCGAGAUCUGUGAAUGAGCCAGAGGCCCUGGUCAGGGGCCCGAGGCGGGGAGCUGGGCGGCCAUGGGGCCUGGGCGUCGGAGGAGCUGCGAGUCCAAAAAACUCGUUGUCAUCGAGUCGAUUCUGACUCACAGCGACCUUAUAGGACAGAGUAGAACUGCCCCUAUAGGAUUUCCAAGGCUGUAAUCUUUAGGGAAGCUGACUGUCACGUCUUUCGCCUGCGGAGCAAGGCUGGUGGGUUCGAACCGCUGACCUUUUGGUUCUCAGCCGAGCACUUUAACCACGGCGCAGCCAGCCAGGGCUGCGCCUGCGAGUCCAGGUGGUGGAAUUUAGCUCAAGCUUGAAAGAUUGAAAUAUGGGAAGAUUCGUCCUUUGUGCAGUGUGCUUUCUUCCUAAGGUGGAGCACACCAUAGUUGCAGCGAGUCUGUAUUUCUGAUAGUUGUGCAUCAUAUUAUCCGUGAUUACUCAGGUAGCCUGGCUUUGCUUAUCCGAUCCUUAGGAAACAAUCCUCCAAACUGAUCGGGCCAACCACCUCGCCACCCUUUGUACCUUCUCUGUGAUUGUGCCACCCACAGGCUUUUUGUUACUCAUUAAAUGGUGACCCAGCUAGUCGUGACGUCUGUUUUGAUGUUUUUAAGCCGUGUACGUAGUAUUGAGUUGUCAGGUAUCGUAAGAUUUUAAAAAGGACAGGAAAAUCAGAUUUGUAAUACAUGCAUACGGAUUCCGUGUGUCUGUUUUUUAUUUAUUGAAAAAUAUCUGACGAUUCUAGCAUGUAGAAUUCUUUAUUAAUUAGAGGUAGUUUAAUAAUUCUAGGUAGUUUUUUUGUGUAUGUGAAGGUGGGUUCAGGCAUCUUUGCCUUCUGAGAGUAUAUUUCUGAGCAUUAGGGGGAGAAAAACUUCUAACAGUGACUGAAUUAAAUUUAAAGUAGUGAACUUGAUUAGAGAAAUACAAAUCUUGGGCUCUCACGAAGAACGCGUUUUAGUAUUUGCAUGUUACAGUGAAACCUGUGAGAGCCAGAACUGGAAGGAACUGCCUUGUUUUUCCAGGUCUCACAAGUUUUCCACGUUUGACAGGGUGCAGUCUUAAACCGCUUUUCUGUUGCUCUCUGUUAUUGGAAAAUAUUUUAGUUUUCCUUCUCUAACAGGUUUCCACCUUACACAGGUUCCGGGUUUUGCAGAUUUUACUGUAAUAACUUUAUUUGAGGAUUCUGCCUUGUUAGAAGUGAGCUUGUUGUGGGCAACUGACAGUAGGGGGAAAAAAACUAAUGCAAACACGUUUCGCAAAAACUGCACAAUAAUGGAUGGCGGUCAUAAUAACCCUCAAUCAUCAGAUGUCGUGAUUUUGCGUGCUAUUACUUGUUUAAGAAGGCUGAGAAGCUAUUUUAAAGAGUUCCUGAUGUGGUUUAAAUACAAUUUUGGCAAUUCAAGGAAGGAGUCAGAAGAAUUCCACUAGAAAUAGAAAUGCUUUUUGUGGCUCCUCUGAAGAAAGUUUAUUUUUUGGCUUUUUGCCUCAGGUAAAUUUGUAGUGCCCUUCAUUUCGGUUUCCUAAAUUUAUAUCCCAUACCAGGAGCCCUCGUGGCGCAGUGGUUAAGUGCUUGGCUGCUAACUGAAAGGUCAGCGGUUGAAACCCACUAGCCACUUUAGGAUAGAAAGACCUAGUAAUCUGUUCUGUAGAGAUUAUAGCCUGGAAAACCCUGUGGGGCAGUUUUGCUGUCACAUGGGGUCACUGUGAGUCGGAGUCAACUCAGUGGCACCUAACAAUAACAACGUACUGCAUACAUAAGUCAAACCACUUACUAAUUUCCAGUGAGAAGCCUAACAAGCAGGCUUCAAACCUGUUAUUUUCAGUUUGACCCCCUGCUGAGAAUUUGCAUUUCCACCCCAGAACCACCUGGGGGUCUUGUUAAACUGUAGGUUCUGAUUCAGUAUAUCUGGAGUGGAAAAGCAAAUUCUCAGCAGGGGGUCGAACCGAAGAAAAUAACUCGUUGGAAGCCCUGGUUUUAGGAUUCUUAUUUGUUUGACUUGAUCAGUGCCUUCUCCUUUCUUAAACAAGCUAAAAGAGAAGCCACAUUAUCAGAAGAAUACUUUAUGGGUGAAGAAUUAGAAUCCGCAAGAGAAGAGAGUUAAAGAGAUCUGAAUAUUUGGCAGCAUCAGGCUCCGAUGGCAUGGUGUGGGACAGUUUUUUAGGGAAUACCUCCCAGGAGAAUUGAACUUGCCUCAUUUCAAAGUCUUGUUUUAAUCCACUUGAAAUCAUUGAGAUUUUCACUUACAUUUGUUUGCUUGUUAUUAAGUUACUUGGGCAAGCUGAAUGAGAUUAACUAAAUUGGUUUUGGUCCAUUUUAGCCUUUUGCAGUUCCCUUGCUGAAAUUGUGAAAUUCUUCCCUUUUAAAUUCACCCUGUUUGUUUAGUAGAGAGUUUAGACAUCACUGUUAAUAAUUUAACUGUGUUGGAAAAGAAUUAAGAUGGGGAGAAGCAGAUAGCGAUGACAUUGAGCAGAUACUGAACCUGGAAUGAGCCUAUGCAUUUGAAGUUGUAGAUGGAGUCGGAAUUGUUACCAUCAUCCUUCUGAUUUCACAGUUACUGUACUUAACUGUGCAGCCUCCUAAGUUGGUUUCUUUUACAGAGCACUCCAGAGGUAUAACAAAUAGAUUUAGAAAUAACUGCAAGAUGAUCUGAAAAUAAACUGGUUGGAUAAAGAAAAUGCGGCAUUCCAAACGCACUCACUGCCCUGAUUGGGAUAGCAGAGAAAGCUGGGGGCAUGAAAGCUACAGUGGAAGUCACAAACGGAAGAGGAGGUCUCACAGUAGCACACAAGAGAACAGGCAUUGUAAAAAACCACAUCCUCAGUUUAAAGAAUCUGAUUGUCAUUAUUUAGAAGCAAGGUCCUUGAAUGAGAGAGAUUAUCGGGACCGGAGGUACAUUGAUGAAUACAGAAAUGACUUCUGUGAAGGAUAUGUUCCUAGGCAUUAUCACAGAGACAUUGAAAGUGGUUAUCGAGUCCACUGCAGUAAAUCUUCAGGCCUAAGCAGGAAAAGCAGUCUUAAAAGGAAGCAUAAUAGACAUUGCUCAAGUCAUCAUUCACGUUCGAAGAGCCACCGAAGGAAAAGACCCAGGAGUAUAGAGGAUGAUGAGGAGGGUCACCUGAUCUGUCAAAGUGGAGACGUUCUAAGAGCAAGAUAUGAAAUCGUGGAUACUUUGGGUGAAGGGGCUUUUGGCAAAGUUGUAGAGUGCAUUGAUCAUGACAUGGAUGGCAUGCAUGUAGCAGUGAAAAUUGUAAAAAACGUGGGGCGAUACCGUGAAGCAGCUCGUUCCGAAAUUCAAGUAUUGGAGCAUUUAAAUAGUACUGAUCCCGAUAGUGUCUUCCGAUGUGUCCAGAUGCUAGAAUGGUUUGAUCAUCAUGGUCAUGUUUGUAUUGUGUUUGAACUGCUGGGACUUAGUACCUAUGAUUUCAUUAAAGAAAACAGCUUUCUGCCAUUUCAAAUUGACCACAUCAGGCACAUGGCAUAUCAGAUCUGCCAGUCAAUAAAUUUUUUGCAUCGUAAUAAGUUAACUCAUACAGAUCUGAAGCCCGAAAAUAUUUUAUUUGUGAAGUCUGACUAUGUAGUCAAAUAUAAUUCUAAAAUGAAACGUGAUGAACGCACACUUGAAAACACAGAUAUCAAAGUUGUUGACUUUGGAAGUGCAACAUACGACGAUGAACAUCAUAGCACUUUGGUGUCUACACGACAUUACAGAGCUCCAGAGGUCAUUUUGGCUUUAGGUUGGGCUCAGCCUUGUGAUGUUUGGAGCAUAGGUUGCAUUCUUAUUGAAUAUUACCUUGGCUUCACAGUCUUUCAGACCCAUGAUAGUAAAGAGCACCUGGCAAUGAUGGAACGAAUAUUAGGACCCAUACCAACACACAUGAUUCAGAAAACAAGGAAACGCAAGUAUUUCCACCAUAACCAGCUGGAUUGGGAUGAACAUAGUUCUGCUGGUAGAUAUGUUAGGAGACGCUGCAAACCAUUAAAGGAAUUUAUGCUUUGUCAUGAUGAAGAACAUGAGAAACUAUUUGACCUGGUUCGAAGAAUGUUAGAAUAUGAUCCAGCCAAAAGAAUUACCUUGGAUGAAGCAUUGCAGCAUCCUUUCUUUGACUUAUUAAAAAAGAAAUGAAAUGGAAAUCAGUGGUCUUACUAUAUACUUCUCUAGAAGAGAUUACUUAAGACUGUGUCAGUCAACUAAACAUUCUAAUAUUUUUGUAAACAUUAAAUUAUUUUGUACAGUUAAGUGUAAAUACUGUAUGUUUUGUAUCAAUAGCAUAAUUAUCUUGUUAAGCAAAUAUGGUCUUGGUAAUGAAUGAAAUAUAAAAGUUAGAAUUAAUAUUCCUUUUUGAGCUUAAUUAUCAUUUUUAAAGACCUUUGGAAUAUACUUUGUGUCCAGUGAUAAAUGUAAUUGAUCUUGCUUUUUGUACGUGGAGGUUGACUCUUUAAAGUGAUUUUUUUUGAGUAAAGGAAAUCUUGGUUACUUU